AUGUAUUUCCCACGGAACCACCGCCAUCACAAACUGCUCCUGUACUUGAUGGCCGUCGAGUUGCCUUUUACUAUUGCCAUCCUCACAUUUACUGGAAUCGCCUCUCACAACCUUUACCGGACAAAACUGUGGCAAGAUGGCGCAGACAACGGCUUCAACAGCUCUCCGGAUGAGCAGCUGUAUGCUGCUGCGAACUAUCGCCCAUACACUGCGCCUAUGGUCUGGAGUGGCUUUAUCACAGAUUACAAUCUGGUACUCGGCGUCUUGAGUACAUUCUUCCUGAUCACCAAGGCUCCUGUACAUUUUCUCCGCAUCUUCUACCCGCCGUUGUCAGUGAUCGUGCACGGCGGUCUCUUUGCAGUCUAUAUCGUCUCUGCUCGAUAUCAGAGCGGUAGUGAUAUGUCAGACCCGAGCCACCCGCAACCGGGUGCGCCGUGGUAUCUUGCGAAGAAGUGCUCUGUUGCUGCGCACAAGGAGAAUAUCAAUUACUGCCAGCAGGCCAAAGCCUUGUUUGCGCUUACAAUCGUGAUCAUCGUCCUCUACUUUGUGGAAUUUGUUCUGAGUAUCCACUCAUGCAUCAUGACCCCCGAAGAGCGCGCGGAGCGACUGGAGCGGGCCGAAGAAAAGAGGAGCAUGAAGGAGUAUGAGGAGGCGAUCCUCAAAUCCCCCUCGAUGAUUCCCAUGACACCGGCGUAUCCGCAAGAGGGCAUGCCUGUCAUGUCACCCCGUACCCUUGCGUUUAACCGACUCGGAGGAGACAAUUCCGCCGACCUCCCGCUUAGAGAAUACUUCGGCGCUUCCGACCCGCGCCGCUCGAUGCAGCAGGAGUCGGCAGAGGCCCUGACCUCUGCGUCGCAAGCCCAGGCAGGGUACGCAGCUCAACAUCAGAUGUAUUUCCCUCCGCCUCCCAAUAAGGCAGCCAGAGCGUGA